UUAAAAAUAAUUUGAAGCUCUGCACGCAAAAUCUUUGGGUUUCGCCGCCGUCAUCACCUCACUCUCCGAUCUGAAGCUCUGCACGCCACUGCUCCUCUUGGGUUUCCUCGCCGUCGCCGCUCUUCCUCUCUCCCACCGUUAUUAAGCUUGUAAGAGUGAGAGUGGUGUUGUAGGGUACUGACAGGAUGUGGAGGUGGAUCCUUGCAAGACAUGGAAAUGCCAUUCGCAGCUACAACAACCGCGUUCUCUCACGAAUUCAGCUCCCUCUUUCCAAUUUUCUGGUGAACCCUCCGCCCCAAUCAACUUUUCAUUUCCCUCAAAGCUCAUAUGUUUGUAGCAAUGGCAACAACCCCCGAUUCUUCUGUCAUGGAGCCACUGAUUCCACCGUCGAUUUCGAAAAUGGGGUCUCCGUGUUUUCUGAUGGUGGUGUUCAGAAUGAUGAUGAGCAACGUGCUGUGGAAGAACAAGGAUAUGAAGAAAAAGAAGAAGAAGUGUACCAGAUUGAUGAGGGCAAGUUGGAGAACGUGGUGAGUCUUCUUCAACGUGAAGACGCUGAUGGGUCAUUGGAGUCAUCUCUUGAUGCCAUGGAUUUGACCCUGCACCAAGACUUUGUCAUCAUAGCACUUAGAAGAAACUCUUGGGGUCAUGGUUUGGUUGAGAAUCUUCUCAGGUUUUUUAGGUGGGUUUGGAAGGAGAAUUCUUCAAAUGUCACAACCCCAGUUGUUGAGUCUCUUGUUCAUGCAGUAUGCAGCAGCAGUGUGAGGGAGAAAGAGUUCUACUCGCUGUGGGAAUUGGUUAAAGAAAUUGGGGAGGAAGAGGAUGGAAAAAUUAUCGAUGUAACCAUUCUCAAUAAAUUGAUAUUUUACUUCUCCCAAUUGGGAAAUGGGAAAGCUGCUUUAGAGUUAUUUGACAAGUUUGAGUUCUUUCAGUGUGUGCCUAAUGCUGAAACAUAUCAUUUCACAAUUCAAGCUCUUUAUAGGCAUUCGUUGUUCGAUUCGGCUUCAUCUGUAAGUCAAAAGAUGCUGGAUGCACAGAGCAUUCCUGAUGAGGAGAAAGUUGGUGACAUAUUAGGUUGGUUGUGUAAGGGCAAAAAGGUUAAAGAAGCACAUGCAGUGUACAAGGCAGUGGUAGAGAAAGGGAAGUAUCCACCUAUGUCUUCUGUUAACUUUUUGGUUGGCAAACUCGCUUACGAAAAUGGAACUGUACCACUGGCUUUGGAGAUGUUGAAAGAUAUCCCUGGGGACAUGAGGAAACAUGCCAUAAAGCCGUAUUUGGCUGUUGUUCGAGCCUUGUGUAGGGUUAAAGAUGUUGGUGCAGCUAAGCAGUUGAUAUUGGACAUGAUUGCAAAUGGUCCACCUCCUGGAAAUGCUGUGUUUAAUUUUGUUAUUACUGGUUAUUCCAAAGUUGGGGAAAUGGGACAAGCUGUGGAGAUGAUGAAGCUACUAGAAAGUAGAGGUUUGAAGCCAGAUGUGUACACAUAUGCUGUUAUUGUUAGUGGUUAUUCAAAUGGUGGUGAGAUGGAAGCUGCCAGGAAGAUCUUAGAAGAAGCUAAAAAGAAUCAUUCUGUGUUAAGCCCUGUGAUGUAUCACUCGCUAGUUCGUGGAUAUUGCAAAAUGGAACAAUUUGAUGAGGCUUUAAAGUUGUUGACUGAGAUGAAGGAUUCUGGUGUUCGCAUCAGUGUUGAUGAAUACGACAAGUUGAUCCAGUCUCUCUGCUUGAAGGCUAUGGAUUGGGAAACGGCUGAAAAGCUGCAAGCGGAAAUGAAAGAGAAUGGUCUAUAUCUCAAGGGAGUCACAAGGGCCCUGAUUAGAGCUGUGAAGGAGAUGGAAAAUGAGGCUGUGGAGCCUUAAAUCAUUUGUUCAGUUGCCUAAACAUUGAUGUGAGCAGCCUGGUAUUUGCAACUUUUUUCUGAUUAGCUCGUCAAUUUAACUGUAGUUUACAAUCCCUAUGCAAAAGCCUAUCGAGAGGAGAAAAUUUUGGAGUUGAUUGUUAACAUGUUUGAUGUCUUAAACUGGUCUUUUUUAAAUAAGACUUCUUUAUUUCCUCCGGUUUAAUUUUGAUACCGGUACACUCAAACUUAUUUAACCUUUUUACUAGUUAAUGUCAGAUAUAAUGAGAGAGCCCAUUUGUAGUGCUGCUUUUUUAUUAUGUGUUUCCUUCCAAUUAUAUUGCUGCAUGCAAUAAAAAAACCUAGAUCUUUGUAAAGGGCCGUUUCCCAUUUUAUCCUGUACUUAACAUAUUUUUAUUAUGGCUGGUAUUGUAUGUUUCAUUUUCAGCUUCUUGCAGCAAUAUUUUGAUCCCAAGGUUAUACAUUAUUCCUAACACCUUGUAUUGUAUAAAUAUUAGGCUGAAACCUUAAGAAUGAUAUAGUGAAUGAGAGAAGCUACAUAAUUGAAUCCAGGGGAAGUAUACUCCAACACAAAAUUAAAGAGGAAUACUUUCAUUUUUUAGUUC